UCAGUUGGAUUUUUAUCUACGCGCCUCCAUUUCCUCUAUGCUAAGGACAGCAAACCAGAUCUAUGUCCUGCACUUUGGCUUCCAGCAGAAUGAAAGCUUCUAACCUCCUCUGCCUGGGAUUGAUSUUCCCCUUGCUGAUUUUUCAACAGGCCUGGGCUCAGUUCCCACGAGAAUGUGCUACUGCUGAGGCUUUGAGAAGUGGUGUGUGUUGCCCAGACCUGUCCCCUUUAUCUGGGCCUGGGACUGACCCCUGUGGCUCCUCAUCAGGGAGGGGCAGGUGUGAGGCAGUGACUGCAGACUCGMGACCCCACAGCCCCCAGUACCCCCACGAUGGCAGAGAUGAUCGGGAGGGCUGGCCCCUGAGGUUCUUCAAUAGGACAUGCCAGUGCAAUGGCAAUUUCUCAGGACAUAAUUGUGGGAGUUGCCGUCCUGGGUGGAGAGGAGCAGCCUGCAAUCAGAGGAUUCUCACAGUCAGGAGAAAUCUUCUCGAGUUAAGUGCAGAAGAAAAGAACCACUUUGUCCAGGCCCUGGAUAUGGCAAAGCGCACAACUCACCCUCAAUUCGUCAUUGCUACCAGGAGAUCAGAAGAAAUACUGGGACCAGAUGGCAACACACCACAAUUUGAGAACAUUUCCAUUUAUAACUACUUUGUUUGGACACACUAUUAUUCAGUCAAAAAGACUUUCUUGGGGGCAGGGCAGGAGAGCUUUGGUGGGGUGGAUUUCUCUCAUGAAGGACCAGCUUUUCUUACCUGGCACAGGUACCACCUACUGCAGCUGGAGAGAGACAUGCAGGAAAUGUUGCAGGAGCCUUCUUUCUCCCUUCCCUACUGGAAUUUUGCAACUGGGAAGAACAUCUGUGAUAUCUGCACUGAUGACUUGAUGGGAUCAAGAAGCAACUUCGAUUCCACUCUUGUAAGCCCCAACUCGGUCUUUUCUCAAUGGCGAGUGGUCUGUGAAUCCUUGGAAGAUUAUGACACCCUGGGGACACUCUGUAACAGCACGGAGGGUGGGCCAAUCAGGAGAAAUCCAGCUGGAAAUGUGGGCCGACCCAUGGUGCAGCGUCUUCCCGCACCACAGGAUGUCGCUGAGUGCUUGGAAGUUGGUGUAUUUGACACACCUCCUUUUUAUUCCAAUUCUACAAACAGUUUCCGGAACACAGUGGAAGGUUACAGUGAUCCAACAGGGAAGUAUGACCCUGCUGUUCGGAGUCUUCACAAUUUGGCCCAUCUAUUCCUGAAUGGGACAGGAGGACAAACCCAUUUGUCUCCAAAUGACCCCAUUUUUGUCCUUCUGCAUACUUUCACUGAUGCUGUCUUUGAUGAAUGGCUGAGGAGAUAUAAUGCUGAUAUAUCCACAUUCCCAUUGGAAAAUGCUCCUAUUGGACAUAACAGACAGUACAAUAUGGUGCCAUUCUGGCCUCCAGUUACCAACACAGAGAUGUUUGUUACUGCUCCAGACAACCUGGGAUAUGCUUAUGAAGUUCAAUGGCCAAGUCGGGAUUUCAGUAUAUCUGAGAUUGUUACCAUAGCAGUAAUUGCUGCUUUAUUACUGGUGGCAGUUGUUUUUGUGGGUGCUUCUUGUCUGAUUCGUGCCAGAAACAAAAUGGAUGAAGCUAAUCAGCCUCUCCUCACUGAUCAGUAUCAACACUAUGCUGACGAAUAUGAAAAAAUCCAGAAUCCUAAUCAGUCCAGGGUCUGAUAACAAGAAACCUAUUCCUGUAUGCAUUAGUAUCAGAGAAAAUCCUGUUUGAAAAAUAGUAGAUUGACUUAUUAACUGUAUUUUCUUUUACUCUGUUAUUUUCUUUGUUAUACAGAUGUAUAUUAGAUUAAAG